AUGGCGCUGGACGCUCAAAGUAAUUGGAACGUCGAGAUGCCCCAGCGACUCAAGCCCUCCAUUUCACAGGACACUGUCAAUAGUCCCUCCGACGUAUCUGGACCUCCCUCACCGAAGUCUUCGUCUCCUAUUCCCCAUCAUAGAGAUGCCUCCCGCGAAAUCCUACUCCCCACCGAAAUUAUUACACAGAUCCUCAGCUACCUCCCCCGCCGCGCCCCCUCGCAAUCCACCUUUUACUCUUGCUCAUUGGUGUCGCGAGCAUGGUACUCUGCUGCUGUUACAUUUCUAUAUGAACGGCCAUACCUAACCGGGGGCAACUUCAACUCCUUCGUCCAGACCGUUUGCCCCUCCAAAAACGCCCACAUCCGAAAGUCUCCCCUCUCUAUUCUCGUCAAGCGUCUCGAUAUGUCUGCGCUCGUCCAUAACAGCUCUCGAAGUUUGACUGCGCGAUUAUUGGGCCGUCUCAAGGGAAAUAUCGAGGAAUUUGUUGCCCCCCAGUCCAGCUUCGGUAUAAACAGCUUUGCGGCACUCAGCAAAUGUACCAAGCUCCAUUUUUUGGACUUGAGUCUGAUUUCGGCUUCUAUAUCCAAUAGAUUACUAUUCCAAGCGCUGAAAUCGCUCGAAGACUUGGAAAUUUUAUUUUUCCCAAGAAGUUCAAGCCGUGAUGAGAGGGACUUGGAGGAUUCUAUCCCAUAUAUUUGGCCACCAAAGUUAAAAGCUCUGCACUUGGCUGGCGGAGUCGAUGAUUACUUUCUUACCACUCAUUUGGCCAACCUACCUUCAUGCGUAGAGAAACUCAGCAUCCAACACUGUUCACAAGUUCACGGUUCUCCCUUACGUGUCGCCCUAGGAAGAAUUGGUCCCCAGCUCCAACAUCUUACUAUCAGGCAUCCAAUGCCCCGAUUAGCACCAGGAGACCUAGAUUACCUACUAUCCCAGUGCCCUAAAUUGAUCGCCUUACGGGUAUCAGCGGACUACAUUACCCUAGGGAAUCUCUUCAUAAAUUGCGAUUUUCCGCAUCACUUACGUAUCUUGGAUCUGGACGCAUCGUCAUCCUACACGCCGGACCUAGCCCCUACCGCUGCCCACUUGUAUUUUCAAGUCGAAGAAGGACGCUUCCCGGAUCUCCGAAGUGUACGUGUUAGCUCUAGGCUUGGUUGGUACGAGGACUCGGCUUCAAAAAUCGACGUGUCUGAUUUGCAGGAGGUAAUGGAAGAUCAUGAUUCUGAGGUGCCGCUCGGUAUCCCGACCGGAGUUUGGAAGGUAGAUUGA